CUACGGCCGUCAACGAAAGUGCUACAGGAGAGUGCUACGAAAGUGUAGCUUCAUAGAACUUUGAACUAAGUACUAAAGUGCUUGUGAAAGUAACUGUAGUAAUAAUUCAGAGUGAGAAUAUUAACUCUUUUGCAAUAAUGAACAAUAUUUAAUUUUUAAAUUUAUUUUAAAAUUGGUAUUUAGUGUCGAAUGUGUUUUAAAAUAAAUAACAUACAAUGAGAACACUGUUCACCGAAAAAAGCAAUAUAUAGAUUUGUUUACGCAUCGAAAAAUGAACAAGUCACACAAAUGGGACUUCCUAGUAAAGAUUUCUAGUAGAAGAAAACUGGAGUAUGAGAGAAUGAAUAACGGAAACGCGCUCGUUUCACACAAGAAAAAUUACCGACGGAUGCUGGUAAAAUGCUUUGAAAAACUUACAGGACUCGCAGUUCUUUCGAAUAAAACAAUUUGAAAUGUAGCCAAGUACUACAAAAGACAUCAUAAUGGGGCAGACAGCAACGCACGUGGACUCAAACUUCACAUCAAUAAAUUAUACUGAUGAGGUAAUAGAGGACGAUAGAGAUGUUUGCGCUGUGGCAGAUGAUCCUAAAUAUCCAAGUACCUUCGGUAUUACCCUUGCCGUCCCGGAAUGGGAGGCUAUUUGUACAGCUAUAGUCCUAACGCUGAUAAUAAUAUCAACCAUAGUUGGGAACAUCUUAGUAAUCCUCAGCGUGUUUACCUACAAGCCGCUGCGGAUUGUACAAAACUUCUUUAUAGUGUCGCUCGCCGUAGCCGACUUAACAGUAGCAAUAUUGGUGCUGCCGCUCAAUGUGGCAUACUCCAUUCUCGGGCAAUGGGUGUUUGGAAUAUAUGUAUGCAAAAUGUGGCUUACAUGCGACAUAAUGUGUUGCACUUCGUCCAUUUUAAAUUUAUGUGCAAUCGCAUUAGACCGGUACUGGGCGAUCACGGAUCCUAUAAAUUAUGCACAGAAAAGAACUUUAGAAAGAGUACUUCUCAUGAUUGGAGUGGUCUGGAUACUCUCAUUAAUAAUUAGUUCCCCUCCAUUGCUAGGCUGGAACGACUGGCCUGACGUAUUUGAACCUGAUACACCAUGUCGAUUGACAUCACAACCAGGCUUUGUCAUUUUCUCCUCAUCCGGAUCAUUUUACAUCCCACUAGUUAUAAUGACCGUAGUUUAUUUUGAAAUCUAUUUGGCGACUAAGAAAAGACUUCGCGAUCGUGCUAAGGCUACUAAAAUUAGCACUAUUUCUAGUGGUCAAAAUAAAUACUCUAAUAAGGAUGAUCACAAUGAUCAAGACUCUGUUAGCUCGGAAGCCAACCAUAACGAGCACCAAGGCGUUACUCGCUUAGUCUCAGAUAAUGAGAAAAAAACGAAACGAACCAGAAAGCUAACUCCCAAGAAGAAACCAAAACGUCGAUAUUGGAGCAAAGAUGACAAAAGUCAUAAUAAACUGAUAAUACCAAUUUUAUCGAAUGAGAAUUCCGUCACCGAUAUGGCUGAUAAUCUGGAGAAUAGAAACACUUCAUCAGAGAGUAACUCUAAAGAAACUCAUGAAGAUGAUCUGAUUGAGGUCAACGAAACUGCUCCGGUGAAGACUCAUAAACGGCCGAAGCCAAAUCAGCAAAGUGCUGUUUACCAAUUCAUUGAAGAAAAGCAGCGCAUCUCAUUGACACGAGAGCGCCGCGCGGCCCGAACACUCGGCAUCAUAAUGGGCGUAUUUGUAGUCUGUUGGUUACCCUUCUUCGUGAUUUAUCUUGUUAUCCCGUUCUGUGCAAGUUGCUGUUUGUCUAAUAAGUUCAUUAACUUCAUAACUUGGCUUGGUUAUUGCAAUUCCGCACUCAACCCUCUCAUCUAUACCAUAUUUAAUAUGGACUUCAGGAGAGCAUUCAAAAAGUUACUUUGUAUGAAACCGUAAACGUGCCAAAGACUGUAAAAUUACUAAGUUUUAUGCUUUCAUUGAAUGCUGCUGAUUUGCUCAAAUGUUUUGACUCAUUCGUAAGUAGUGAUUUAGAAAUAAUUAAAUAAGCUAUUGGAUAUUA